AUGUCGCUAGGGUCGAAGGCUCUCCAAGUGACUCUUCUGACGCUGUUCUUCGUAGCAUCAACAGUAGAUGCCACGGAAAAAAGGGUCUUCAAUGUGGUCGAUUUUGGGGCAAUUCCCGACGAGAAGACAGAUAAUGCUCAGGUGAGGGUAACUCCAAUCUCUUGAUAUUUACAGAUGUAAUCUAUAUUGCUUUCAAUUGAAACAUAUCAUCUUUGGGAAUUGGGUGUGCAGGCUUUCGUGGCUGCUUGGAAGGAGGCCUGCGCGACCGAGGUUCGGUCGAAGGUCUUGGUGCCUCAGGGGACAUACCUGGUGGGGCCUGUGGACUUCUCGGGACCCUGCAAGGGCUCCAUGGUGUUCCAGGUCAAGGGGAGGGUGGUAGCCCCCACUGAUCUCAGUGCGUUCCCCUCCAGCAGCUGGAUAUCUUUCAACCACAUAGAUGGGCUCGUGGUUGCCGGCAGAGGAAGGUUUGACGGCCGCGGUGCCUCCGCGUGGCCUUACAACCAGUGCCCCAAGAAGUUCGACUGCAAGCUUCUCCCGACUGUAUGCUCUCUCUCUCUCGCUCUCGCUCUCGCUCUCCCUCUCGCUCUGUUGUUUCUAAUCUUUCAUUUGGUUUUGGCGGCGAGAAGUCCUUAUCGUUCAACUUCGUCACCAACGCCUUGGUCCGAGGCAUAUCGUCGGUCGACAGCAAGUUCUUCCACAUAAUUGUCUUUACCUCCGACAACAUCAAGUUCCACUCCAUAAGAAUAAGCGCGCCGGGGAACAGCCCGAACACCGACGGUAUACACAUCGGCAGCUCCAGCAACAUCGAGAUCCUCGAGUCUGCUAUCGCCACCGGCGACGAUUGCAUCUCCCUGGGAGAAGGCGUCGCCAACGUCACCAUCUCCAAGGUCUUCUGCGGCCCCGGCCACGGCAUCAGCGUCGGCAGCUUGGGCAGGUACCAGCACCAGCAGGACGUGGUGGGAGUGACGGUAAGAAACUGCACCCUCACUGGCACCUCUAACGGGGUGAGGAUCAAGACAUGGAUGGACUCCUUCGUCCUCAGUGUUCGGGGGCUCGUUUUCGACGACCUUGUGAUGACGGACGUCUACAAUCCCAUCAUCAUCGACCAGGAGUACUGCCCGUACAUCUCCUGCGACAGACAGGUGAGCUCCGACGACGCUGCUCCCCCGCUACCUUUCUUGACAUAAUCCGAGCCUGGCUGUUUGCGUUGGCUCGUUCAGGCUCCCUCUCGCGUGAAAAUCAGCGAGGUGAAGUUCAGGAAUAUCAGAGGGGUUUCGGCUUCGAAGGUGGCCGUGAAGUUGCAGUGCAGCGAGGGGGCACCUUGCGAAGGAGUAGAGCUCGGAAACAUAAACCUACAAUACAGCGGCGAUGACGCCCCGGCAACUUCGUCGUGCUCAAACGUGGUGGGCACGACUCUCGGCAGCGUCGUUCCUGCUUCUUGUCUCUGA